AUGAAUCUAUCUAUAACAUCAACAUCUACGUCUAACACGACGAAUGAUACUUGUCCAACGCCUCUUCUUUGGCCACCAAAGGAAGUCGACAGUCGCAAAUCACGAUUGAUCGUGUGCAUAAUCGCAGUGUUCGUGCAUACAAUCUUUUGGCUUCAGCCCAUCUUCUGUUCAUCUAUUCGACAAAAAUCAAUGCAAUGGAUCUAUGUUUAUCUCGUCACCGACAUUUUUCUCAUAUUCCGAUUCUUCUUCACUUACAUUGUUCGUACAACGACUACGGAUUGUGAGCCAGAUCCAGCGUGGAUAACGUUCGUUUGUUACUUCGAUGCAACAUUCGACAACUACUUCAACGUUCUUGAGGUAUACAUACUGUUGGCAUUGAAUAUCUGCCGGUACAUUCAAAUAGCGUACAAUGUAAACGUUUAUCAAGUGUACAAGAAAUUGUUAGUUAUUGCUCACGUAUCUAUUUACGCUUUGACGGCAAUUUCUACAAUCAUACAGCUCGUUUUUGGAUGGGCUCAACUGCUCAUCAUUUUCCGUAGUUCAUGUCAAGUCACUUAUACCAACAUCUACAUUCAAGUGUUCAAUAUCAUCACUGCAUUCGCUUUGCCUAUCUUGUUGAACGUUGUUGUCAUCUAUAUGAGCGUUCGACAUGUUCGUUUGACAUCGACUUUGCAACGAGCAACACAUGUAUCCGCUCGAGAAAAGUACAAUCGAACAUUGGUCAUCCAAUUUCUGAUCUUUUAUCUCAUCUGGGUAUCAUUGUGGUCACCGAACGUGAUUCUCUACCAAAUCUCAGGCGGAACAAAUCUAGUUGGCAUCUUUCGUCUACUGAAUUCCAUUGAGAUAGCUUUGGAUCCGAUCAUUCUUGCAGCACUCGAUGUUCGUUUCUGUCAAGCAUGGCGUAGGAUGUUUAAUCGGAUAAAAUCUGAAGUGUUGAAACAUAGUGUCAAUCAAGGACGAAUCGGACCAACAACAACUAGACCAAACAUGUUUUCAAUCAAAACUGCUCAACUACGAACAACUGUUAUGUAA